AUGCGGGCGCAAAAUCUCAAGGCUCUGGUCAACCGCACGGGCCGCGACGACGGCGUCGCUUGUGCCGUCAGCUGCGUCUUCCGCGCACGCAGCGGGGCCGGCACGCUCUGCGUGCAGAGGCGCGCCAUCGCGCCCGCCGACGGCCUCGGGCCGGGCGUCGAGCACGAUCAGCUUCCAUGGCCCUGCGACCAGUGCGAGGUGCGCGUGGCGCGCCGAUCCGAGCUCAAGGCUCUGCUGCUCCGCGAGCUCCAGCUCGACCACGUCGAUCGGCCAGACACUUUUGUCGUUCAGCAGAGCGCGUGCGCGUCCAUCGCGCAGCAGACGCCGCUCGAGCUGCUCUGCUUCAUCGAGGACUUUGCGCGGACGGCCCACCUACGUCGAGGCGUCGAGGCCGAGGCAGCGACGGUCGGGAGGCUCCGCGCUAGCUUCGCCGCCCUCGGUGCCUCGCUCAGCCGCGCCUGCGCCGAGCGCACGAGGCGCUCGCCGGCGCUCGACGCGGCGGAGGAGCUCGAGGCGACGCAUUCGGUAACGCAGCCCCGGAUGCCGUCCAUACCUUUUGCGCCUGCCUGCGCCUCGGGCAUCCACACUUUCAACUCGUGUGGCUCGAACUUUGACACGUGGCUGAGAGUCUUCACUCUCUCUGUGGGUCAGAAGUAA